GAUUAUUCGUCAUUAUUAUUACCUAUAUUCCCAUGACAUCACAUUCGUUCAUACAUUUUUAAAGAGCUCGCAUUAUGAACGCCAUACCUAUUUAACAAAACACAUUGUUCCUGAGAUGAAAACAACGAACAACUUAUUGUUUUAAAAUGUUACUAUUAAAAAAAAUUGACGUUUACUUGUUACCACUAAGCAUAUUCCUCGUCGUCGGUCUUUGCGCCACUGAAGGUCAACUGGUAAGGACCAGAUAAGAAAAGAACAGGAGACAGCAGGGAGAUCAAAUAUGCCGCCAAAACACAGAAUGUGUUUUUAGGUUCGAAUGUGAUGUACAUUUGGAACCACAAAAUCAACAAAAAUGUAGUUUGGGAAAUGAACUACCAAUGGGCUUUUGCUGCCCUGUCAAUAAAGUCAUCCGGCUAAAUACAGAAAAAAUUAUGACUACCGAUAAUGAAGAAUCAGACUUGGACAAAAUUCUAGAUUUACCAGCACCAGAGCCUAUUAAACCAUUGCCCGAAGAACCGGAAUGUGGACAAAACACUAAGUCUUUAUCCAACAACAUGAAUGUGCAAAACGCUGAAGCCAAUGAUUGGCCAUGGAUGGCUGUGUUUUUAGAGACGACAAACUAUAUGAAUUUCUGCGGUGGAGUAUUACUUAAUCGACGAUUUGUGUUGACUGCUGCUCAUUGCUUUAUCAUAUAUUCUAAAGAAAAUGUUGUUGUUAGGCUUGGUGAAUACGAUUUCACCACUGAUAACGAGACACAAUACAUUGACUACAGAGUCACAGAUAUUAGAUUACAUCCAGACUAUGAUCAUGCUACGCACGCCAAUGACAUCGCCAUAGUAAGGUUGAACAGACCUACAAUUUACAAUUCGUUUAUUCGACCCAUUUGCUUGCCUAAAACAAACAUGGAAGUGUACAAUAGAAAUGCCGUCGUGGCCGGUUGGGGCCAAACAGUGUACGGUGGUAAAGUGAGUAACGUUCUCCAAGAAGUGACAGUACCGAUAUGGGAUCAUGACCAGUGCGUUUCAGCUUUUUCCCAACCAAUAUCCAGAACAAAUCUUUGUGCUGCGUCGUAUGAAGGGGGCAAAGAUUCGUGUUUGGGCGAUUCCGGUGGUCCACUGUUAAUGCAAAGACAUGAUGGAAAAUGGACUAAUGCCGGAGUAGUGUCUUGGGGCAUUAAAUGUGGAGGAAUUGGAAUUCCCGGAGUUUACACAAAAGUCACUUCGUACCUCAAAUGGAUAGCUGUGAACGCACAAGAUGUCAUUUCGAUCAAGUCAUAUCGUUCCAAAAUGUUAUUAAUGAAAAAUGUUGACGUUUACUCGUUGCCGCUGUACGCUUUGCUCGUCGUUGGUUUUCACGCAGCCGCAGGUCAGCUGGUACGGGUUAAACUUGAAAAGGACACAAGUCGGAGUGUUCAAGUAUGCCGGCAAGACACAGAAUGUGUUUCUGGGUUCGAAUUUUGUGACAUAAACUUGGGACCAGAAAAAAGACCAAAAUGUGGUUUGGGAAAUGAAUUAUCAAAGAGUUUUUGCUGCCCUGUGGACAAAGUUAUUCGGUCAAAAAGAGAUAGAAGAAUGACUAAUGACGACGAUGAAUCAGACUUGGACAAAGUUCUAGAUAGAGCAGCACCAGAACCCAUAAAACCGUUAGUGGAAGAACUGGAAUGUGGACAAAACACUAAGUCUAUAUCCAAAAUUACAAAAGUGCAAAAUGCCAAAGCCAGUGAUUGGCCAUGGAUGGCUGUGUUUUUAGAGACAACAAACUAUAUGAAUUUCUGCGGUGGGGCAUUACUUAAUCGGCGAUUUGUAUUGACUGCUGCUCAUUGUUUUAAAAAAUUUACAAAACAAAAUUUUGUUGUUAGACUCGGUGAGUACGAUUUUACCUCAAAUAAUGAGACACAAUACAUUGACUACAGAGUAACAGAUAUAAGAAUACAUCCAGACUAUGAUCAAGCUACACAUGCCAAUGACAUCGCCAUAUUGAGGUUAAAUAGACCUACAAUUUACAAUUCGUUUAUUCGGCCUAUUUGUUUGCCUAAAACAAACAUGGAAGUGUAUAAAAAAACUGCUGUUGUUGCUGGUUGGGGCCAAACAGUUUUUGGUGGUGAAGUCAGUAACGUUCUCCAAGAAGUGGCAAUACCAAUAUGGGAACAUGACCAGUGCGUUUCAGCAUUUUCACAACCAAUUUUCAAAACAAAUCUUUGUGCUGCAUCAUUUGAAGGGGGCAAAGAUUCCUGUUUGGGUGAUUCUGGUGGUCCGCUGUUAAUGCAAAGACAAGAUGGAAAAUGGACUAAUGUUGGAGUAGUGUCUUGGGGUAUUAGUUGUGGAGAAGUCGGAUACCCCGGUGUUUACACAAAAGUCACUUCGUACCUCAAAUGGAUAGCUGUGAACGCACAAGAUGUCAUUUAACUUCUGAUCUGCUUACAGACAAAUAGGAACAUUAUAUAAAUAUAUUUUUAAACAAUUUUAAUUUUCAAUCUGUAAUUAAAUAUGAUAUUUAUACAACUAAACAAUAAUUUAAAUAAUAACUAUAAAAUUCAUCAAAUGCGAAUAACUUAUUACUUAUUAGUUAUUACUAUUUACCACGAUUUAAAAUGUGCUUUUUUCACAUCUGCAGCAGUACUUACUACACCAAUUUAAUAUAAGAUGAUAAUACUAUAACUUCACAACUUUUAAUUAUUAUUAUUUUAUUCAACACAAUCAAUAUAGCAGUAAACUUUCAAAAAAUGUUGAAUAUAUUUAGUCAUAAUAUAGGUUCUAGUGGAAAGAUGUUUGUAUACGCUUAAACUGUUUAGGUUUACGGACAUACCUAAUACAUUAAUUAUUCAAAAUUA